AUGGCCGCGGCGGCCACACGGCGAGCCGCACGGGGCCCCGGCGCGCCCCUCCCCGGCGGCACAGACUCCGCGCGCUUACCCGCUCCCGCCACGCAGGUGCCGGCCCGCGGCUCGCCCUCCCGGGUCCUGCUUCCCCGCGCCGCGUCUAGUCUCACCGCCAGCAGCCGCCUCAUCUCCGCGGCCACCCGAGCCGAGCUCCAGGCGCCUCCCGCCCGCUGCCCCGGGCCCUUCCCGGCCCGCGCCCUCCCGCGCUCCCUCCGCCCCUCCCAGCGCCCUGCGGCUCGGUCUCGCGCUCCCCUUCCCGCGCCCGCCACUCCUCCUCGCGCCCCUCCCCCCGCGCCUCCCCCGCCAGGCGUCCUCCUCACCAGGCCCCCCGCCCGCCCGCCCGCCCGCCGGGAGCCAGGCUCGGCCCGGCCCCUUCCAGCCCAGGUCCUGCGGGAGCUCCGAGUCCCACCUCCAACCCCCACCUCCGCCCACGCCGCCGCCCCAGUCCCAGGGCUCCCCGGUCCCCACCUGUAG